AUGUUCUCUCUGAGCACCACCCGCCUCUUCCUGCAGCUGUCCCUCUUGGCAGGCACUUUGGCUAACGAUGACUGCCUUCGCAGAAAGAGCACCAGUGUGCACCAGGAUGGAGAUGUGAUAAUUGGGGGUUUCUUCUCACUCUACACCUGUAUGUACUUCACUGGUGUCACUGAUAUGAAGCCUAGCAAGGACAUCUUUAUCUUGCAGAUUAUGCCCAACAACUGCCAGACUGUUCUAGCCUUCAUUUUUGCCAUAGAAGAGAUCAACAGGAAUCCUCACCUUUUACCUAACAUAUCUCUGGGAUAUGAGGUCCAUAAUUUAUUUACCACUUAUUGGAGGUUAUUGGAGAGUUUCUUUGUUUUGCAUACAGGGCAAAAUGAAAUACCCAAUUAUAUCUGUGAAGGAGUAACCAAGUCUGUAGCAUUACUAACAGGCACUUCAUGGGUUACUUCUACUCACAUAGGACCACUGCUGGAACUCUACAAGUUUCCACAGCUUUCCUUUGGCUCUUUUGAUCCUAUGAUCAGUGACAAUGGCCAGUUUACUUCUUUCUAUCAGAUAGCAUCAAUGGACACGUCUCUGGCUCAUGGCAUGGUCUCCUUGAUGCUUCAUUUCAGCUGGACCUGGGUGGGACUGGCCAUUGCAGAAGGUCAGAAAGGUCUCCAAUUUCUCUCAGAUAUGAGAAAAGAGACAGAGAGGAACAAAGUCUGCAUAGCUUUUGUGGACCUAAGUGCUUUUACAUCAUAUUUCUUAGAUGCAUAUAAGCAUGGUAUAAAGACCAGGGAAACUUCAAUAAUUAAUGUGGUUAUCAUUUAUUAUGAUAGUGACAGUCUAAAUCAUGUAAACUAUCACAUAGGGCUACAUUUACUGACAUGGGUAGUUUGGGUGACAAAUUCCCAAUGGCAUGCUGACAUGGCUGGGAGAAAUUUCAUUCUUGAUUCUUUCCAUGGGAUUCUGAUUUUUUCACACCACCACGAGGAGAUUCCUGGUUUUAAGGAAUUUAUCCAGACUGCCACCCCCUCCAAAUAUCCAGAAGACAUGCUUUUCAGUCUGCAUUGGUUCCAGAGUUUCAACUGCUCAUUAUCUGAAUUUGACUGUUCCCUGAAGAACUGUACACCUAAUGCCUCUCUGACAUGGCUACCUGUGAAUAGUUUUGAUCCAACCAUGAAUGAUUGGAGCUUCAAUAUAUACAAUGCUGUGUAUGCAGUGGCCCAUGCACUGCAUGACAUGUCUCUUCAACAAAUUCAAAUGCAACAAAUGGAAUAUGGGGAGACUAUGGCCUUUUACCCUUGGAAGCUGCACCCUUUUCUGAAGAAUGUCCAGUUUACCAAUCCUGCUGGAGAACAAAUAAUCUUAGACCUUACAAGUAAAAUGGAUGCAAAGUGUGACAUUCUCAACUUUUGGAAUUUUCCAGAAGGCCUUAGACUCAGGGUGAAAGUAGGAGAGUUUUCAUCUCAUGCUCCACUUGGGCAACAGUUGUCUUUAUCUGAAGAUUUGAUAGAGUGGGCCACAGGAAUUACAGAGCCUCCGCACUCUGUAUGCACUGAGAGUUGUAAUCCUGGAUAUAGGAAAUCCCCUCAGGAAGGAAAGCCUACCUGUUGCUUUAAUUGCAUCCCUUGCCUCGUGAAUGAAAUCGCCAAUGACACAGACUUGGAACAGUGUGUGACGUGACCAGAUCAUCUGUAUGCCAACAUUCAGAAAAAUCGCUGCCUUCAGAAGCCUGUAAUGUUUCUGGCUUAUGAAGACUCUCUGGGAAAGGCUCUGGCUGGCACUGCCCUGAGUCUCACUAUUCUCACAGCUACAAUACUUGGGCUAUUUGUGAAGCACAGAGACACUCCCAUCGUCAAGGCCAACAACAGGGCUCUCAGCUACACCCUGCUCAUCUCUCUCACCUGCUGUUUCCUCUGUUCCUUGCUCUUCAUUGGUCAUCCCAGCACGGCCACCUGCAUCCUGCAGGAGACCACAUUUGGAGUUGUGUUCACUGUGGCUGUUUCCACUGUCUUGGCCAAAACCAUUACUGUGGUGCUGGCCUUCAAGGUCACUGCUCCAGGCAGAAGGAUGAGGCACUUGCUGGUAUCAGGGGCACCAAACUACAUCAUCCCAUUCUGCUCCCUGAUCCAAGUCACUCUCUGUGGCAUUUGGAUGGGGUCAAAUCCACCCUACAUUGACACAGAUGCACACUCUGAACAUGGCCACAUCAUCAUAGUGUGCAACAAGGGCUCCCUCACUGCCUUCUACUGUGUCCUGGGAUACUUGGGCUGCCUGGCCCUGGUGAGCUUCACUGUGACUUUCCUGGCCAGGAACCUGCCUGGCACCUUCAAUGAAGCCAAGUUCCUGACGUUCAGCAUGCUGGUGUUCUGCAUCGUGUGGGUCACCUUCCUGCCCAUGUACCACAGCAGCAAGGGGAAGGCCAUGGUGGCCAUGGAGGUCUUCUCCAUCUUGGCCUCCAGUGCAGGGCUGCUGGGCUGCAUCUUUGUCCCUAAGUGUUACAUUAUUUUGUUAAGGCCAGAGCAGAAUUCAUUGCAUGAAUUUAGAGUUAAUAUAUAUGCAGGAAGAAAUUUAUCUUUUUAA